GCGUCAUCAUAGAGCGACGCGCAUUUCUUCAAGGUGGAUUGUAAACAUACUGUUAGAUUUUAAACACAAUUUUCUUGUAACUAUACAAUUCAGAAAGAUAUUAUAUUCCUCUUCUAGAAUCUGUUAAUAUUCUGCUGUGGGAUUGGAUUUUGUCAGAGAGAAUGUGUGGAUAAAUUUGGGAAAAUCGCGACAUUCUCUUCAGUGUGCUGACAGCAUGACUACUCUUACCAGACAGGAUCUCAAUUUUGGACAAGUGGUAGCUGACAUCCUGUGUGAGUUCCUGGAGGUGGCCAUUCACUUAAUCCUGUAUGUCCGGGAGGUGUACCCCACAGGGAUUUUUCAGAAGAGAAAAAAGUACAAUGUUCCUGUGCAAAUGUCAUGUCAUCCUGAGCUGAACCAGUAUAUACAGGACACCUUGCAUUGCAUCAAACCAUUAAUUGAAAAGAAUGAUGCAGAGAAAGUUGUUGUCGUCAUUAUGGACAAAGAGCACCAUCCAGUGGAGAGAUUUGUGUUUGAAAUUUCACAGCCCCCACUGCUUUCCAUCAGCUCAGAUACUUUGCUUUCUCAUGUGGAGCAGUUGCUGAGAGCAGUCAUCCUAAAAAUCAGCGUAUGUGAUGCGGUGCUUGACAACAAUCCUCCAGGAUGCACAUUUACAGUGCUGGUGCACACCAGAGAAGCUGCCAUCCGCAAUAUGGAAAAAAUUCAAGUUAUUAAGGAUUUCCCGUGGAUAGUUGCUGAUGAACAGGAAGUGCACAUGCGGGAGCCCAGACUUAUACCUCUGAAAACUAUGACAUCCGAUAUUGUUAAAAUGCAGCUGUAUGUAGAGGAAAGGGCACAGAAAACUUCAUGAAUUGUACAGGGGAUACAGAGUGUGCCAGAUCUGAAACAUACCUGGCAUACUUGUAUAAUGCAGUCAGAGACUGAGGUGCAACUUUAUCUUGACACCCCUGGCCAACAUUGGGCUUUCUUUGAACAUUGCAAAUGCAACUGCAGGCUUGUUUUUCUUCCACAUCUUCAGCACGGAACGUAGCAAGACGUGGAUAUGCAAGAAUGGAUUCAAUUACAUAAUAGAAAGGAUUCAUAAAUAGCCUUAAUGCCUUUGAAUUUGCAUUUACAGUUGUUGCUCAUUUAAUGUCUUAGAGGUAGAAAGCAUUUCAUACAAAUACAAGAGAUCUAAAGUAUUUGAAGCAAUACCUCUGGAAAUGUGAAUGGUGAGGAAAAUGGUUUUAAAAUUAUAUGUAAUUGAUGCAAGGUUAACAUUAACUGUACUGCAGCAUCCUUAAGUAUCAGAUGUUAUUGUAAAAUAGCAGAUUUUAGAGUGUACAUUAUGUAAACAAGACUUUUUUCAUAUCCCAUUAUAAUUUCUGUAAAAUUCAUUUUUACAGUUGUCAAAUUGUCAGGUGGCUUUAAAUUCCAACUAAGAAUGAUUUGGGUAUUUGUCCUUGUGGAUCUGAUAUUUUUGCUUUGUGGCUAGAGAUUCAGUACGAUAUUGAUAAGAGCAUGCUUUGAUACAUUGCCUAGCAUCUUGUGGCUUGAUGGCUCAAUUGUUUAGAAGUCUCGUUUUGAUACCAGUAAUAUCUGCCUGAAAAAAAUGACAACUGGUUGGCUUUGCUAUAUAUACAGUAUGAGUGCACAUUAUUUCACUGUAGAAGUAAAUUUUGGAUAACUGUUCAGUACUGAAAUUUAAAAAGCAAUUUCAAUGCAAAUGAAUGACAAUGUUAGAAUAUAUGUGUGUCUUGGUGCUUUGGGGGUGGAUGGGGUGUAACAGUGUCAUAUUGCCUUAAAGAGAUUAUUCAUUCUGCUUUGGAAAAUGGGAGAUAAGGUGUGGAUUUGACCUCUUAACUUUUCCAGGCAGCAGACAAUCUUGUCCUUUUUUUCCCCACAGAACAGUUUGCUGUUCCAUAGGACUCUAAUCAGACAAUUCAGAUAAUUUUGUUGAAACAAAAUUUGAAGCCAUCUUUGCAUGUAACAGAGAUCUCAUUGUCGUACCAUGUAGGAGUGUAGCUUUGCUGGAAUGUUUAGGACCUCUCAAGGUCCUUGGGAUCUUCUGGCACUGUAAGUUCUAUUGGCUUUAUGUACAAUGGAUGCUUUAUAUUUGCUCUAAAUAGACUGUAGACUGCAGCAGUCAACCCUUUCUUUUUGGCAACUGGAACAGAAACAAUUUUCCGAGAAGAAUUUCCUCAUAUUUCAUCAAAUCUUACUGGUACAGGACAAACACCUCCAUCCAAGGUGGUGUAAAAUUGUAAAUGUGGACUAUAUCAAUUUAAUAAAUAUGGUUUUUAAAUCUUAA